UAUGGAUCGGCAGAAACCUUGAAGAUCAUGUUCCAGGUAAUUCCUCUUUCUGGUCGAGCUCGUGACCUGGUCGAGCCAGGGACACAACGUCAGCGACUGAUAGGGGAUCAACCUUAAAUUAACCCCUUGCCGGCUUGAAUCUAAUCUGAUUGUUUCAGACGAAUUUAGAAAAAAUUAGACAGUCUGAUCUAAGAUCUGAUUUUGCCAAACUACAACAUGGCCGCCCUGACAUUCCGGGCGCUGUUUUUGGCAGCCCUUUUGGCACUCCUGGUGCCCUACUGUUCUGCAUUUCGAUAUAGCAAGUCCGAAUAUGGAUCCGUUGAAUCGUCGGAGGAGCAGGAUAUCUAUUCUGCGGAAGCCGGUCUGAUGGUCGAGGACGAUCAUAGUGAAGCAGGCGAGGACCACGGUGACAUUAAAGUACCAGAUGGUGCUAGGUUCACGUCAUUCAAGGUUAAUGAUCAUGGCCACGAGGAAAUGCCAGGAUUCAUCAAUGAGGAUAUAGAAAACGAGGACAUCGAGCACCUCUUUAUUGUUCUCCACGGGAGGCUCAGGAAUGGAAACACCUACUGGAAGACGAUGCACGACUCCGUCACCAAGGCCAGAAAGGAUGACUUCCCCGGAUCAGAGCGCAAAGUCGCAGUCCUCACGCCGCAGUUCUUCUCGAAGAAGUACAACUCUGGCCAGUACACGGACGUCCAGCUGGCGUGGGACGAUCUGAACGCGUGGCAGCCAGGUGGCAAGGCCAACCAUCCCGCCAACACAACCCUUACCUCCUUUGACGUCCUGGACGGCCUCGUCAAGCUCCACUCCGACAAGGACAAGUACCCGAACCUGACCAACGUCACCGUCAUUGGCCACGGUGGCGGCGGCCAGCUCGCCCAGCGGUACUCGGCCGUGGGUAACGACCCCCCUGAAAAUGUGCACGUUCGGUACAUCCACGGCGACCCGUCCUCGUGCAUGUACUUCACCCCCGACCGACCCAUCCUCUCAGACAACUCAACCUCGAAGGACUCCUGCACGUCCUUCAACACCUGGCGAUACGGCUUCGACGGCUUCCCCGCCCGGGAAGGCAAGCACAUGACGCCCAAGGACUACUUCAAACAGUACCUCAGCCGUGAUAUCGUCUCAAUCGUGGGGAUGCAGGACACAGGCAGUGCCGGCGAUACGAGCUGCAUGGGGAAGCUCCAAGGCGGCAAGAACCGACGCACCCGCAACUUGAUCUGGUUCCGAUAUAUCAACACGCUCGCGCGCACGGACGAAGACCUGGAAGGCUUCCCUGGUGAAUAUGGAGAUCUCCCUGACUGGAGCGACGUGGUGGGUGGAAAGAGCCAGCUGCGACUCGUUGCUGUCCCGGGCGUGGCUCAUAACGCGAAGAAGCUCUUCCACGGUGAUCUCGGGCGGGGAGCGCUCUUCUCCGAUGGUGACGUCGAUCCAGGCUGGCGCCCCAAGAACAACGGCAGCAGCAGUGGUAGCAGCAGUGGUAGCAGCAGCGGCAGCAGCAGCGGCGACAGCAGCAAGCGUAGCCCGUCUCCCGAUGAGAAUUCGAGUGCUGCUGCACAUGCGCUUGGACGUCCUGAGUUGGGCGUGCUCUUCACUGGGUUAUUAGGUCUGGCUCUUGCUCUUUACUGAGCGGGAGGCUAGAUUCUGUAUCCUUCUCUCAUUGCCCUACCUAACCAUCUUGAUAUCCCUAGAAUUAUACCAUUCCAUGCAAUAGAGAAUUUUGUUUAUUUAUUUGA